UCUCUUCAUGCUGUUCAGUUGCUCGCCGUUCGUCACAUUGAACGGAUUGAAGAGAAUUUUGUGCGAUUUUCCAGUGCUUUUCCUCUUCUAUCUCUAAAAAAAAGGUGCUUUAAAAUGAGUUGUCCCUUCAAUGGCGGUCCAUCGCGUCUUGGUGGUGAUGAUCUCCCCGAGGAGGGAAUGAUGUACGGCGAAUAUCUCAUGCUGGACAAAGUUCUAAAUGCCCAAAGGCUCGUAUCGGAGACUACAGGUGGCAAGGUUCAUGAUGAGCAUCUCUUCAUCAUCACCCAUCAAGCAUAUGAGCUGUGGUUCAAACAAAUCCUCUAUGAGUUUGACUCCAUUCGGGACCUCUUUAAGGCGGAUUGUAUUGAGGAAUCGAGGACGCUGGAGAUUGUAAAACGCUUGAACCGUAUUGUGCUUAUUCUAAAGCUCCUCAAUGAACAAAUUCCCAUCCUGGAGACAAUGACCCCCUUGGAUUUUAUGGAGUUUCGCAUGCACCUGGCCCCGGCAUCAGGAUUCCAAAGUUUGCAAUUUCGAUUGAUGGAGAAUAAAUUGGGCGUGAAGAUGGAGCAUCGUGUCAAGUACAAUCAGAACUAUUCUGUUGUAUUCGGGCAGGAUCCAACAGCUGUUGAGAAGAUCAUGGAAUCGCACAAGGAAUCAUCAUUGCUGGAUCUCGUGCAAAAAUGGCUGGAGCGGACACCAGGACUUGAGGAAGAUGGUUUUAAUUUCUGGGGGAAAUUCAAGGAGAGUGUGGAUAAAUUCUUGGAGCAUGAACAUGAGGAAGCUAUGAAAGAACCGGAUUUGUCCAGGAGAAACUAUCGCUUGAUGGAUAUUGAGAUGCGAAGGGGUGUCUACAACUCCAUCUUCGAUUCAGCAUCCCACGAGGCGCUUGUAAUGCGUGGGGAUCGUCGAUUCAGCCACAAAGCCCUUCAGGGAGCCAUCAUGAUCACAUUCUAUCGCGAUGAGCCACGUUUCAGUCAACCACACCAGAUUCUUGUUCUUCUCACUGAUAUUGAUUCCCUCAUUACAAAGUGGAGAUACAAUCAUGUUACAAUGGUCCAGAGGAUGCUGGGAUCCCAACAAUUGGGCACUGGAGGCUCUUCCGGGUACCAAUACUUGAGAUCAACACUCAGCGAUAGGUACAAAGUGUUCCUGGAUCUUUUCAAUUUGUCCACAUUCUUGAUUCCUCGCCAUUGGAUCCCACCACUUGACACCAAGCUCAAUUGGAGUUUCAAUGCUCCAUCGGCUCCAUCACUGAAGUGAAGUCCUUGGCCGGGAAUCUCCUUUUUAAAUUUCUGGAGGAAGGUGGGUAGGAUGGGCUGGGAAGAAAUUAUGAUCACAGCAUAGACGUCGUUAUUUUUCCAAAAUAAAACGAAUAUUUUCAAAAAA